GGUUGGUUGUGGGUGUCGAGCCAAACAAACACUCCGCCUUCUUCGUAUCUGUUCGCUUGCUUGGGUCUUGUGUCUUCCAAGCAAGCAAGCAAGCCAUCGCACCGUUCUUGCGUGUGCUUCCUUUGCCUUGUUUCCUCCCUCCCUCCCUCCCUCUCUCUCUCUCUCUCUCUUUGUGCUGCUUGCUGAAGUGGCAGCGCCUUCCGACCACCAGGUUGCUGUCUUUGUGUGUGGAAGUCAGAAUCACACCGCACACACACAAGACACACGACACACGAUUGUAACGUCACACAACAUCAUCGCGGUCGGUCACUUACGGUGCACCACAAGCAAGCAAUCCCGGCUCUUUUAUUUGGUUGGUUUUGCGGGGUUGCACCAUCGCACAAGGGCGGCAGCAACACUUGCUUUUGGCGGCUGACUUUUGGCUUUUGUUCUGGUUUGAGCCGCCGACCUACCUCAGUCACAACCACGUCCACGAAAAGCCACCUUCCGCGGGUGUGGUGCUACCUCUGACGUGAAGCAUCGUUUCUUACCUCCACCCGUCUCAAGUGGAGCCACAACUCAAGGCACCCCAAGCCUUAUUGACACACCCGUGUGUUCCCGAUCCGCUUCUAGUUCCCACCUUGUUUCUGAGUGGUACACCACGCUCUUCUCAACGCGUGUUUGUUUUGAGGGGCCCCCUCAGCGAACUUGACUCAGCACCAUCAUCAUGAGCUCCGAGAGCGCCAACAGCUCUCGGACGACGUUCGGCGACGUGUGGUUUAUUGGUAGCGCACACGUCAGCCAUCACAGGCGCAGCGAAGAUGUUGUCGGAGCCAUGCGCGGCCUGACUCAGCUCAACUCUCCACAAUACGUCGCUGACGCAGACGCCGUCCAAGUGACCUUUGCCAUCACUCCUACACAUGUCAAGUGCUUCACAACGAACAACAAGGAGGAGCGCCUGUCUUCGCCGCUCCAACAAAUAUCCUACUCCUGCUGCGGUCCCGUGACAACAGAAUUGAGGCAGUACUUUGCGUACGUAUGUACCAACUUCAUCGGGGAUAUGCCGCUUGGGUUUAUCUGCCACGUGUUUCGGGCGCAAGACAAGGAGGCCGCCGAAGCGGUGGUGACAGCCCUGGGCGAGGUGUUCCGCGCAGCGCGGGAAGGCAGCAGCACGGACACCACCAGCGUGAGCGGGCGCUCCCUGCAGAGCGGUGACUCUGUGAUAUCGCAGACAAGCGAAUCGCUGGCGUCGCGAUCAUCGCGGCUCAGCGGGCCCGCAUCCGCCUCCAUGGGCAGCGCACACGACAGCUGCGUCACCCAGUCCCCACCUGAGGAGAGCAAGAGCCUCAUGUCGGCCGCUUCCGGCUCCAAGUCACUCGGUGGCGACACGGCCACACCACACAGCCACCUGGCACAGCCGCGACUGCAACAAUUACAGCACCAGCAGCAGCAGCACCACCACCACCACCACCAACAACAACAACAACAAAAUGACCAUACACACCGCCACCACGAGUCGCAGGCGCAGCACAAGCGACAGCGUCACCUCCAUGGGCCGUCUCAGUCGCCUGCGCAGGUGCAACGGCUCCGUGGCAAGGGCCACCGGCGCACGCGCAGCGAAGGCGCCAAUUGGACCAUCACCAGGACAUCGAGUGCCGCCAACGUGACCGCUUCGGGACAGCCGACAUCGCUGCAGGUGCUGGAGCAGCGCGCCGCGCGUAUCCACGCCCGCCUCCGCGCCCUGUCCAUGCUCAAGGAGCACAAGGACGAGGAGGGCCAGAAGCACGCGCGGUCCUUCACGGGCGACGCCAUUGUUACGUGGCUCGUCUCCCAGAAGGAGGUGGAAACGCGCGCCGAGGCGGUCCAGUUUAUGCAGACGCUUUUGAGCAACGGCGUGAUUGAUGCCGUGGGCGCCAACCCGCUGACCCAGUUUCGCGACGGCAACCGCCUCUAUGCGUUUGCUGUCGACGUGAAGCGCGCGAACCGGCGACGCCGCCAGCAGCAGCUGCAGGAGCUUGGCCUGUCCUCGAGCGGGCGCGGUGGCGCUGGCGGACGACAGCGCACGCGCGUUGCAUCGUGGCACGCGGCCGAGCUCUCUGGCAGCAUCGAGUCGCUCGUGGAGCGCAACCGCAACGAGAACAUGCCCUCGGACGAGCUCAGCCUGCACGUGGACACGAAGAACCCGCUGCUGAACAAGGCGCUUGUGAGCAUCCGCACCAAUGACGGUGACGCCCUGGCAGAGGUGCUGCCCGAGAUUGAGAAGAGCGCAUCUGUGGAAGCAGAGGACGACGACGGCGCCGCAACUGGCGCAGCAACCCCUGUUGAGGCAGAUGGCUCUGCCUCUACCACGUCGACGACGACGCCCACGCCCACGCCCAUGCCCACGCCCACGCACGGCGAUGACCGUCCAAGUGCCGAUGCUGGUGGCGGGGACCGCCCGAUUUCCAUCCCGCGCGAGCAAGUGCUGUCGCAGCUGCUUUAUUUAUCCCUGUCGGCAGAGGCGAGCCAGUGCACGGAGCACUUGCUGCAUGUGCGAUGCGUGGAUGUGAACGCGCCACUGAACCAGGAGGGCGACACGGCCCUGCACCGUGCCGCCGCCUGCAACAACAAGGCGGUGGUGAUGCAGCUGCUGGACAACGGCGCGGACGUCAACGCCACGAACGACAGCGGAUGCACGCCGCUCUUCUUUGCCGCGCAAAAGGCAGAGAACCACGAGUGCAGCAUCUUGCUGGUGGAGAACGGCGCCUGCGUGCGAGCGGUCAACGCAGACGGCAAGCGCCCGAUUGACCUGCAGCCGGCGCUGGCAGAGGCGCAGCGCUGCCUGUGCCAGUCCAUUGGCGAUAACCUCGCUGGCGGCAACGACGAGCUGGGCUCCCUGCGCACGCUGGCGCGGCUGUCCAUCAACCCGGAGACGCACGCGCUCCUGUGUGACGAGCUGAAGAAGGAGAAGGUGUUUGACGCCCUGCAAGCACUGUGUCAGCGCAACGCAGACGCGUCUGCCCUGGUCGAGGCGUACGUCCACAACUCGACUGCGCUCACGGGCCGCGGCCUGCUGGACGAGGACAUCCUGCAGACGGUGCUCACGCUGAUCCACGUCGGGGGCGAGGUGCAGCAGACGUGCCUGCACUCGCUCCUCACGGGCCUGCACGCGUUUCCAGACCAGGACGUGGACUUUCUCGUCUCCCUGGCCAAGCUCGACUUCUUGCCGCUCUUCACCAUGGUGUGCGAUGCGGAGGCCAACAAGCAGGUGCGAACGGACCUGAGCGCGCUGCUUGUGCUGCUGACGCGCCUGCCCAAGGCUCGUCGGCGGCUCUGCGCAGAUCACAGCAAUCUUCAGCGCCUCGUCUCAGCCGUGCAACGCGAAUUCGCCAUCAUGCAGGCAGAAGAGGAGGAGGAAGAGGCAAACGGCCAAGGGCGCGGGAUGAUGGGCGCGGAAGCUGUUGGCAAUGACGUGUUCACGUCUGCUGCUGCCGCUGCUGCUGCCACGGACAUGCAUUCGCCUGGCUUGGUCGGCAUCACUGGCCGCCUGCAUGGUGCGGAUGGGGAUGGCCAGUCCUCGCUCCCAGCCCCCGUGCCGAGCGUUGGCAAUGGUGAUACACGCAGCAAUAAGAGCAACAACAACAGCAACAGCAGCACCAAGGACAAGGGUGGUGCCGUGGGCGAGGAGAGCUCAGAGGAGGACAUUCAAGACGACGAGUUUGUGCACGGGUUCACGGAAGAAGACAUUUUGCGCGCGGAGGCGCUUGAGGCCGAAGAAGCAGAGGCUAUUCGCCGCGGUGACAGCGGUCGACGUGGCGGCGAUAGCGAUGAUGGCGACGAUAGCGACGAUGGUGACGAUGUGGCAAGCGAUGGUAUUGUGUGUUCUCGGCGCACGAGCAUGGCCACGACGGUGCUGACGGGCCUGCCCUCGCUCACGGCGGGCCUCUUAUCCAACCUCGUCAGCAUGCUCUCCAACCUUUGCCAUGACCUGGAUAGCCACAAGGUGCUGGAGCAAAUGGGUGUUUCUGACCUGUUGGGCAAACUCUUUGCGCAGCCCCACGCGGCCAUCCACAACGAAGCUGUCCUCUCCCUCGUCAUCCUCGGCCAUCAAGACGCUGGCGAUGUGGAAUUGCUAGCGCCUCUCCCAAACCCCGGCCCUCUUGUGCUCAACACAGAUGAAAUGAUCAUUGAUGCGACAUCUGGGCGUGGCUUGGCCGAAGAUGAUGGAGCUGGCGACUCGCCCAUCGACGUGCGUUCACGUGCAGACACUGGCGCGACUACAACCACGGCCACCCUUUCGUCCACCCGCGGCUCGUUUGCUGCCCCAGCACCAUCCGCCACAGUCGUGGGCGGUGCGGCACUGGGCGUGGCAGAUGCCGAGGGCUUGUGGCACAAGCUGCGUGCGGGCAAUCUGCUGACGUGUCUGUCGCUGCUGCUGCACCACAACAUGCCGACCAUUGCCACGAUGGCCACGCUGCUGAUUGUCCACCAGCACCACGAACCGCUCGUUGUGUUUCGCCUGCUGGCACACGAGUUCCGGCGCCGCGGCGCCAUGUCUGCGGAUGUGUUUACGACGCAUGACGAAGUGGCAGUCACGCCGUCGCACGCGCGCACACUGCGGUUGCUGCGAGCGUGGCUGUUUGCGGUGCAGCCGCUGAUGCAUGAGCGCUCGGCCAUGCAGGCGGAGGUCAAGGCAUUUUUGGAGCACAUGCGCCUGCUGGGCCCCGCGUACGAGGCGGAGGCGGCGUGCUUGCAGCAGGUCCUGCGCAUGGCGGAGAGCAGCGACCCAAACCCGUUUGGAAACGGCCCGCGCGCGCUGACGGAAACGCGCCACCAGUCGUCGUACGCCCAGGCUGCGCACAACCGGCUGUACGACAACGCCCGCCAGCGUGUGCUCUCCGGGAGCAUCCCGAUUCCAAAAGACAUUGCUGCGACCUUGGCUGCGGUGCAGCUGGUGGUUGAGGAGUCAAUUCGCCGCAAGCUUCUGCCGCACCAGCGAUUGCCGCCAGACGUCACGCCGGCGUUCAAGGUCAAGUCGAUCAUGCCGCCCGCCUUUGCGCGCGGGCGCGACGUGCCUGCCCUGAUCAAGGCCGAGUUCCAGAACAUGUGCCGGCAGAGCGAGCGCGACGCCAAGCACACGUACGUCCACCUGUACAACCUCUCUGUUGCGCACGACUGCGUGUACUUCAACGUGAAGCAGCCGACCGACUCGAAGCGCCGCAUCCCGCGCAUCCUGGGCAUCUCACCGCAGUACGUGUUUGUGAUUGACGCCAAGACGAAGCGCGUGUUGCACACGCACGAGAUUGUGUCGCUGCGCCGGUGGGAGCGGACGCGGGACCGCUCCGGCUGGUCCAUGUUUGGCGCCAAGCAGGCAUGCCUCAUCUUCUUCUUCAGCAGCACGGAGCUUGUGGUCUACGCCGACGACGCACUCGUGGAGGAGGUGAGCGAAACGCUCAUGGAGAAGAUCCAAUCGCACCCGUGCCUGCAGCAGCUGAGGGAUUCGGAUCACCAGGUCCUGUUUCCCACGACCAUCACCAACCCCGGCUCGAAGAAGCGAGGCGCGCACCCGCCCCGCCCCUUGAUGAUUACGCCCUCGCGGUCCAAGCCGGCGGCAGGCCUUGCCCAGUCGGCACCGGCGUCCGGCGUGCGCACUCGCGCGGGCACCAGCACAGGGGCCAGCAGGGCGCAGGCCGCGGCGGUGGCGGCAACAGCAUCGACGCGGGCGUCAAUGGCGUCUGCGAUGACGGCUGCAGACGAAGGCGGCGACAAGCUGGGCGCGCUCGGCGGGGCUGCUGCCAACCGCAACCAGAACGUGCAUGCUGGCAUGCGGCUGCGGUCACAGCGAAGCGGCACGUGGACGCAGGGAACAUCCACAGCGGCGGGCGUGGGCGGGCGGUCGUCUGUGUCCACAAGGCCGGCGGCGUCGUCGUCGUCAUCGGCGGCAUCUGCGUCGACAGCCGCCAUGUCUCCGGGUGCAACGGCAGCGGCGGCGCUGCGGGGCCGAGGCGGCAGCGGGCGCUCGCACGACGAAAUGUCUGACGAUGCCAGCGAUCUGGAUCUAGACAUGUUCACGCCAGCCGACGAAGUCGCUGCGAAGAAGAAGCGUGAGCAGGACGCGCCAAAGCCAGGCGAACCACAGCCACAGGCACAGCCACAGGCACAACACCGCCAACAACGACAGCACCAGCACGAAGAUGCUUCACAACAGCAACAGCAACAACAAGGAAAGGGCCAAGAGCCGACCAUGGGUGCGCAGCGGCGGAGCACUGCGCUGUCGCAAUCACCGCAGCACGCCCAGUUCCGUGGGCGGGCGCACUCCCACUCCAUCUCGCCACUGCACAAACAACUUCACGGUGGCAGCCGUGCUGGGCAUGGUCCGGCUGGCAGCGGGUCACCGCUUCGCUCGCCGCUGUCGCAGCAACUGACGUCGCUGCUGUCAUCACCUGCGGCCACGGGAGACAAGUCGUUCAGCAGCCUGCACAGCGGCAGUGAACGUGGCGUGUCGUCGCCAGAGACCAGCGUGCCAACGACGCCGCGGCCAGGGACGCCCAUGUACACGGUGCGCAACACGCCAACAGGCUCUCGCGCCCACACGCCGACGCAGUCACGGCAGCAGUCCAUGCCCACGUCGCCGCAGCUGGUGCGUCGCGCGGCAGCUCCUCCUGCGUUUUCACUAUCCGUGUCACCACAGAUGGCUAGCUCCCCUGGCACACUGGCGGCGGUUGCCCCUAUGCACACGCUGUCCCCGUCCCGUCGGGCCGGCAUUGCCGGCACCGGCACCGGGGGCGGUGCUGUUCCUCAUCCGCAGCAGCCACGCCGCUCAACGCUGGGCGGGCCCAUCAGCAGACCUACGCGCCAAGGCAAAGACGCCUCGCCCAUGGCCACACAGAUGGAAGGGGUGAGCGCAACACAGCCGCGGCAACAGCAGCACCAGUCGCAGCGCCAGCAGCGGCCACGGCGUCACAGCGAUGCCGCGGCGUUUGUGCGGUCGCGCCGACGCCUCAACUUGGAGGAUGACAGCACGACGGCUGCUUCUGUUCCUGGCGCAGGUGUGGAUUCAAAGCCGCGGCGCUCAUCGUCACUCGUGGAGGAGGACGAGGGCGAUGUGGAUGACGCACGCACCGGCAGCGCAGGGCAGUCGAAGACGCGGUCAGCCGGGCGAGGCCGCCGGAACAGCAGCAGCGAUAAAGGCAGAAACAGCAGCAGCGGCGGUAGCAAGAGCGGCGGGGGCUUCAGGAUGAGUUUGCGGCGCGCACGGAGCAAGAGCGUGAGCAGCGGCUCGAGUUGUAGCAAGAGUGACACCCGCGCGUCGUCGUCGUCGUCGUCCUCACGUGGCGGGGCGGGCAGUGCAGCUUCACACAAGACGUCUGAUGAAAACCACCAGCGUCGUCGUCGUGGCAUUGCUCCGGGUAGUGGCAGUGCAGCUCUCGACCGCAACAGCGGCAGCAACAACGACAAUGCCAAUGCCUCGGAUGGCAACAGGGCCAGCGCCUCUGAUGAGCGCGGGCGGAAGGACCAGCGCCAGCGUCAGCGCGGUGGCGACCAGCAGCCGCAGCCGCGUCACAGUGGCAGCAACAAGAAGAGCGGUGGUGCUCUCACGCGCGUGUCUGCGUCUGCUUGUGUUUUGUUUCCGACAAGCACGCGGGGCAGCGCCACUGCGACGACAGCCAGCGGAGGCACAGCCACGCUGGAGGUUGAGCUUCGUGGAAACAUGGAGCUGUUGUGCGUGAAUGAGCCUGCGGCGGUGCUCGCUGCCAUGAACGUGGGCGGCAAUAGCGGUCGCAGCAACGGUGGGGUUGGUGGUGGCCGCCCGAAUCCGAACAACCAGCCCGUGCGGCGCGAUCGCGUUGCAUCGACGUCGCAGCCGCGCUCCAACAUCUGCGGCUGUCCUGGUACGCCCAUGCUGCCGCCAACGUUUGAUGUGCAGCGCAUCACGGUGCGGGCGCUGUUGGAGUGCCCCGUGGAGCUUGCGCGGCAGAUGACGCUGAUUGAGCACGACCUGUUUAAGGACGUGACCGUGGCGGAGUGCUUCCGCCGCAUGGUGACGCCCGCGUCGCCGACGGCAUCGUCGUCGCUGCCGUCGCUGCCGGGCCAGCACGCGGACGCGGUGGUGCGGUGCAUUGUGCGCUUCAACCAGGUGACGUCGUGGGUGGCGACCAUCAUUUUGGACGAGGAGGCGCUUGAGCAGCGCUGCUAUGUGAUUGAGCAGCUGCUGCACGUGGCCCACCACUGCCACAAGCUGCGCAACUUCAACGGGGUAAUGGCCAUCAUCUCUGCGCUUGGCACGGCGGCCGUGCGCCGGCUGAGCGACACGUGGGACGCACUGUCGGCCAAGGCGCUUGAGCUCCACGUGCGCCUGUCGACGGUGAUGGCUGCGGAGAACAACUUCCGCAACUACCGCGCGCUGCUGCGGGAAACGGCUGCGCCGUGCGUGCCGUACUUUGGCAUGUACCUCCGCGACCUGACGUUCCUGCACCAGGGCAACCAGGACUUUGCGCGGCGUGGCAUGCUGAACGUGACCAAGAUGCGGCUGCUUGGGUCGCUGCUGACGGAGAUGGCGGCGUACCAGGCGGGCACGUACAAGCUCUUGCUUGUGCCGGAGAUUCACACGUUCCUGCUGCAUGUGCAAGGGAAGAGCGAGGACGAGCUGUUUCGCCAGUCGCAGCAGCUGCAACCGCCGACGCUUCGCAAGCUGCAGCGGUCUGCCUCUCGUCAGCGUCCGCCAUCUGCUGGCCGCAAGCAGAGCCUGUCCCGCAAGCUCUCCAGCCACAACCUCUCCUUUAUGCGCGGCGCGUUCAAGUGACACGGCGUGUUUGUCAUGUGUUUUGUGUAGUGUGUUGGGUAAGUGUAUUAUUUGAGAAGAGUGUUGAAGUGAGUGUAAGUGAGUAUGGGGGUGAGUACCAGAGUGAGUGAAAGUGAGUCGAGUGGGUGUAUGUGUUGCUUUCACUGACCCUGUGCUUGUAAGUGGCGCGCGAUUGUUUUGAAUGUAAUUUAACAUAACAAUUUGUUGGUUGGCGUUGGAUGUCUAUCGUGUUUAUGCUGACCCCCCGAUAGUGAACGCCUCACUCUACAUGCCUCUUGAGGUUCAAUUACAUUAUUUUAUUGAAUUGACGUGGUGAAUGACAAUUAAACGUGACAUGCUUCCGAA